AUGGAGCCACUAACGAGAGAUUUGUUAGCUUCAUCAGAAUUGUUCAAAUUAUAUCCCGAGAUUAAAAUCUUCGGUUCGUCAAUUGGUAAAAACAAUCAGGCUUUAAUCAAUGAGAUUAAACAUGUACCUCAAAAACAAGAAUCUGAUGAUAAAAACAUUUUAGAUGAAGCUUCAAGCCCACCAACUCAAGAAAAAAGAAAUGAUGAUGAUCCCACAAACAAUAAUCAAAUUCAAGAUAAUCCUGAUGAUUUUAUCAAUGAUGAAUAUGAUGAACUGCUUUCUUCAAGCACUGACGAUACUGGAUUACGAUAUAGAAAAGUUUCAUCUUCAAAUUCUGAAAAUGAAAAUAACAUUUUACUCGAUGGACAAACUCGAUUUGAGAGUUUGAAUACAACUACAAAACCCAGCGCUGCCAAAUCUAUCUUUUCAACAAGAAUACAUGGAACAUGGAUUUUUUUGUUUUGUCUUAUUGGCUUUGUCCUAGCAUCAUUAGUAUACCGAUUGGAUGUACUUCAUGUUGAUGAGAAGAAGUUUCACGUGAAGAUGAAACCUUUUUUGGAAGAAUUCACAAAUUCAACUGCAACUUUAAUGGAUGAAAUGGAUGAAGUUGACUUACCACCAUCUUCAAAAGUUAUGGAUGGGACAGUAUUUUGUCGUCGAUUCGCCAAUAUUGUUGAACACAGUCCAGCAUUUAAGGAUACAGGACAUGAUAUUGCCAUUUUAUUGCGUGAAUUCAGUUUAAAAAUCAUGGAUGCAGGAACGUCACUUGAGGAUAUGUAUAGAAUGGGUGACAUGUUAUUUUGGACACUAGAUAAAAGUAUUUCUGAGAUAAUUUUGAAAUUAAAUCCGAGUUUAUUUGAUAAAAUAUUUGAAAAAGAUGACCAGUCUUUUUUCAAAACAAGAAUUCAAGAUAUGAUUGACGAUGUACAUAAAUUUCAGAAAAAGGUAACCUUGGCAAGAAAAGCAAUAACUGAUGCAGAAAAUUUUCGUGAUAAAGCUGAGAAUAAAGUUAGAGCUGGUAAAAAAGAAGCCGAAAAAUUUGUUAAUAAACAUCCUAGUAUAAAUGAAUACAGAUUUAAAUUAGUUGCCGAAAAUUUGGAAAGAGUCGAUGAAGAUAUCUCAAUCGAUGUCGAAAAUGCAAAAUUUGAAUUAGAAAACGCUGAUAGAAUGUUAAUGUUAUUGGAAAAGUCUGCUGAAGGAUUGGAUAGAAUUAUCAAGAUAUUAAAAAAUUAUACAAGUAAACUAAUGGAUGUUGAUGCACAACUUGAUGGAAUGAGCAGAGUCUCGAAGAGAGAUCUAGACAGGCUUGAAAAAUUAGUUGAGAAUUUGAGAGAAAGUCAUAUAAACUUUAAAAGGAAAGACGAGACUAUUGGUUAG